AGCUCACUCUUUUGAAAUAUAUUUCCUAUAGUACGUUUAUUUAUUUUACUUUUAAAAGAUAUAUAUUAUUGCUGUAGAGAGAGGGAGAGAGGCGUAUAGAGAUGAAGGGAGGGACGAAAUGAGAGCAUGCCUUGUCGGCCAUUAGAGCUUCUCAAAGAGGGGGAGAAGAGAUAACAGAGAGUUAAAAGACCACAGCUUGGACCCGUUUCUGCCCACUCCAUUUUCUCUUUCAAUACAUUGAAUCAUUUCUAGGGAGGAGGGGGGUUUGAAAAAGCUUUUUCCUUUCCUUUCUUUAUCUAAUCCUCUCAAUUUCACUGUUCUAGUUUCCACAUCUCCAUUGAAAACCCAGAAAUAAUAUCCCUCUCCCUUUUAUCUGGUCCUUUCCACUCUUAUCUUUUUUCUUGCCUUUUUUACUUCCUUGACCUUUUGGGGGAUUUGUUGAGAGAGAUUGAGAGAGGGGGAAAAGAAAAGAGGGAAUCUUCUUCGGUUUAGCAAAAUCUUCUUUGGCCCUUUGCCUUUUUUGAAUCAUAGAUCCUUCCCCUUCCCUCCCCAACCCCACCAUUUUGAUGCAAAAAGGUGAACUGGGUUUAUCUUGGUUUGCUCUAUUGAUCCAUGUAUUCUUCCACAGGAGUGUCUCAUAUUUCAAGGUAUCUAGGAGUUGCAGAGAAAUGGUGUAGUUGCAGCUGCUGCCUCUGCUGUAUCUUAUUCGGUGACUGAUCCGGUUUUCUGCUUUUUUUUUUGGCUUCUACAGUUCAUGCUACUGUCAAUGCUCAAGCUAAGGGAUAAUAUGGCAGCAAGGUCUGAAUCACGGCAAGUUUUUGAGUCAUGGUUUACAGGACUACUGCUUCUUUCAGCACUGAUGAUUUUUCCCUCGGAGGGAUUGAAUUCUGAAGGACAAUACCUUCUGCAGCUGAAGAAGGACCUUACUGACAAUGGACUGAAUAAUUUGGUGGAUUGGAAUCCGGCUGACCAGACACCCUGCGGUUGGACUGGUGUAAACUGUACUUCGGAUUAUUCUCGUCGUGUCUGGUCUCUUGAUUUGAGUUCAAUGAAUCUCGCUGGAACUCUAAGCUCAACUAUUGGCGGUUUGAUCAACUUGAGCUAUCUCAAUCUCUCUUUCAAUAAGUUGACGGGAGAUAUACCCAAGGCACUUGGUAAUUGUUCUAAGUUACAGUCCCUUGUCCUGAACAACAACCAGUUCAGUGGUCAAAUUCCUGCGGAACUUGGUAACUUAUCUCUUCUUGAACAUUUGAACAUAUGCAACAAUAAGAUUUCUGGAUCUCUUCCAGAGGAGUUUGGGAAGUUGGUCUCAUUGGUAGAGUUUGUGGCUUAUACGAACAACAUUUCCGGUCCACUGCCUCAAUCCAUUGGAAAGCUCAAGAAUUUGCAGACAUUUCGUGCGGGACAGAAUGCCAUUUCUGGUAGCAUUCCGGCUGAAAUAGGUGGUUGCCAGAGUUUGGAGCUGCUCGGUCUUGCUCAAAACGACAUUGGAGGCGAACUGCCAAAGGAAAUUGGAAUGCUCGGCAGCUUAACUGAUUUGAUUCUGUGGGAUAAUCAACUCUCAGGUUUCACGCCGAAGGAGCUUGGCAACUGCACUAGUCUGCAAACACUUGCCUUGUAUGCGAACACUCUGGUCGGACCUAUUCCGGUGGAGCUAACCAAUCUGAAGUUUCUGAAGAAGUUGUAUCUCUACAGAAAUCAGUUGAAUGGAACUGUUCCGAGACAAAUAGGGAAUAUGUCUAUGGUAACAGAAAUUGAUUUCUCCGAGAAUUAUUUGACUGGUGAAAUCCCGGUUGAGCUUGGUCAGAUAAAGGGUCUGAGUCUGCUCUACCUUUUCCAGAACCAGCUCACUGGUGUCAUACCAAAUGAGAUCAGUAGUUUGAGGAACUUGACAAAGCUUGAUCUGUCCAUCAAUAAGCUCACUGGGUCUAUCCCAUAUGGGUUUCAGUACUUGACAGGAAUGAUACAAUUGCAGCUUUUUGACAACUCUCUGAGUGGUAAAAUCCCUCCUGGGCUAGGUCUUUACAGCAGGCUAUGGGUGGUUGAUUUUUCAGCCAAUUAUCUGACUGGAAGAAUUCCUCCGUACAUUUGUCGCCAUUCCAACUUGAUUAUGUUGAAUCUCGAGUCUAAUAGACUUUAUGGCAACAUCCCAUCAGGGUUAUUGACCUGCCAAACACUGGUACAACUUCGGCUUGUUGGAAAUAAGCUUACUGGCAGCUUUCCUUCCGAGCUGUGCAAGUUAGUAAACAUUUCUGCUAUUGAACUAGACCAAAACCGGUUCACCGGUCCACUCCCUCCAGAAGUUGGUAACUGCCAGAAGUUGCAGAGGCUUCAUAUUGCUAACAAUUACUUCACCUCUGAGUUGCCUAGGGAGAUUGGUAAUCUAUCUCAACUUGUGACUUUCAAUGUCUCAUCUAAUUUGCUAAGUGGAAGGAUUCCGCCCGAGAUCGUUAAAUGCAAGAUGCUUCAAAGGCUUGAUCUCAGCCACAACAGUUUUGUUGAUGAUCUGCCUGCCGAGCUGGGGACCUUUAUGCAGUUGGAGCUUCUGAAGCUGUCAGAUAACAAGCUUUCUGGACGGAUUCCUUCUGCAUUAGGAAAUCUCUCCCAUUUGACCGAGUUGCAGAUGGGUGGCAACUCACUUUCAGGAGAUAUUCCACCAGAGUUGGGGUCCUUGUCCAGUUUACAGAUCGCCAUGAAUAUCAGUUACAAUAAUCUGACCGGUGAAAUACCCCCAGAGAUUGGUAAUCUUAUUCUGUUGGAAUUCCUUCUGCUCAACAAUAAUCAUUUAACUGGUGAGAUCCCAAGAACUCUUGAAAGCCUUUCAAGUUUGCUUGGGUGUAACUUCUCGUAUAAUGAUCUCAGUGGACCUGUACCCCCAGUACCUAUUUUCCAAAACAUGGAUCUAACUAGCUUCAUUGGAAACAAAGGGCUAUGCGGUGGACCUCUUGGUUACUGCGGUGGGGAUCCAACUUCUUCUACUGUGGUGCCACCUUUGGUGAAUGCAGAUCGACUUAGAAGUAAAAUUAUCACUCUGGUUGCUGCUGUUGUUGGCGGGGUUUCUCUCAUUCUUAUUGUUGUCAUUCUAUACUUCAUGAGGCGUCCAGUGGAGACGGUUCCUUCAUUACAGGACGAUGAUGUUUCGAUUUCAGAAUCGGAUAUAUACUUUCGUCCGAAAGAGGGAUUUACAUUCCAAGAUUUGGUUGAGGCCACACAUCAUUUCCACGAGAGUUAUGCUGUUGGCAGGGGAGCCUGUGGAACAGUCUAUAAAGCCGUUAUGCAUUCUGGACAAGUCAUUGCUGUGAAGAAGUUGUCGUCUAACAGGGAAGGAAGCAACAUUGAGAACAGUUUCAGGGCGGAAAUUCUGACCCUGGGAAACAUCAGGCACAGGAACAUUGUAAAGCUUUACGGGUUUUGCUACCAUCAGGGCUCCAAUCUGCUUUUGUACGAGUAUAUGACAAAAGGUAGCUUGGGAGAGCUGCUUCAUGGUCCCUCUUGUGACUUGGACUGGCCAACUCGGUUCACCAUUGCUCUUGGAGCUGCUGAAGGUCUUGCUUACUUACACCAUGAUUGCCGACCAAGCAUAAUUCACCGCGACAUAAAAUCCAACAACAUUUUACUUGACGACAAGUUUGAAGCUCAUGUAGGCGAUUUUGGUUUGGCGAAAGUAGUAGACUUGCCUUAUUCGAAAUCAAUGUCAGCGGUUGCAGGAUCUUAUGGGUAUAUUGCACCUGAAUAUGCAUAUACACUGAAGGUCACAGAAAAAUGCGAUAUCUACAGCUACGGAGUGGUUUUGCUGGAGUUACUGACUGGGAGGACCCCUGUACAGCCGCUAGAACAAGGAGGCGAUCUCGUGACGUGGGUGAAACAGUACAUCCGGGGGCAUUCACUUACAUCGGGGGUACUUGAUCGUAGACUCGACCUCGAAGAUCAAAGAAUCAUUGAUCACAUGAUCACUGUCAUGAAAAUCGCUCUCGUCUGCACAAGUAUAUCCCCUUUGGACCGGCCAUCUAUGCGAGAAGUCGUGCUGAUGCUCAUCGAAUCUAACGAGCAACAGGGCAACUUCAUCGCGGUCCCCGAGAACGAUCUUCCUCCGAGACAUGAAGAUGAUGAUGCCCCCUGAACAUUCACCUCUUCCUUACUCCCCCCCAUUAACACAGCCCGGCAACCACAUGUGAGGCGAUCCUCCAUUGCUUGCUGCCAAAGCUCGCAGGUCAAGAACCCGAUUUCCCCGCCGGCUGAGUUGUCGCCGGUACAAUAACUCUGACCCACUGUUUACCCCUAAAAUUAAUUUAAAUUAAUUAAAUGUCGUAUUAAU